AUGUCGACGGCAGCCAGGCGUCGUUUGAUGCGUGACUUCAAGCGCAUGCAAACCGAUCCUCCAGCGGGCGUCUCAGCGUCUCCAGUGCCUGAUAAUGUCAUGACAUGGAACGCGGUCAUCAUCGGCCCGGCCGACACCCCUUUUGAGGACGGCACCUUUCGACUCGUCAUGCACUUCGAGGAGCAGUAUCCCAACAAGCCACCUUCGGUCAAAUUCAUCAGCCAGAUGUUUCACCCCAACGUAUACGCCACCGGGGAGCUGUGCCUCGAUAUCCUCCAAAAUCGGUGGAGCCCGACGUACGAUGUCGCAGCGGUGCUGACGAGCAUUCAGAGUCUUCUCAACGACCCGAAUACCGGAUCGCCAGCGAACGUCGAGGCGUCCAACCUGUACAAGGAUAACCGCAAGGAAUACACCAAGAGGGUCCGUGAAACGGUCGAGAAGAGCUGGGAGGAGUAA